AUGCCAGCAAGCAUCGAACGAACGUCGGGGUGCCCCGGAUCAUGUCCGAACUUCCUGCUGAAGCUCUACAAGAAAGGCGUUCGACCGGAAGACAUUGGCAUUAUCACACCGUACCAACAGCAGGUCAAGACAAUUCGGCGUAUUCUGGAUGAAAGUAAUUUGCAGAAACCAAAAAUCGGAAGCGUGGAGGAAUUCCAAGGCCAGGAGCGUAUGGUGAUUAUUAUAUCUACUGUGCGAACUUCGAAAUCGCUGCUGCAAAGCGACCUGCAGCAUGCACUUGGUUUCAUUGCCAGCCCAAAGCGCUUGAAUGUGGCCAUCUCCCGUGCACGGGCGCUGCUUUUGAUCUUCGGUAGCCCUCAUCUGCUGUCAGCGGACAAACACUGGCGAAAUCUGUUGUUCAGGGCGAUUAAUUCCGGUUCGUACUGUGGGUGCGAUCUUCCCGAGCAUAUUGAUCCCACGGAGCCAGCGCUGAAUGGCGACGCACACAAGGAGGAGUGA